AUGCGACUCUCCCCGUCACAUAACAGCUCGUACCCUCUCAUCGUCAUUCUCAGCGCUUCAAUUCUCCCAGUAUGGUCCCAGUCGACAGUGAGGAUAUUACCCCUAGGCGACUCCAUCACCGGCGGCCCCGAAAGCUGCUGGCAAGCCCUCCUCUGGCGCCGCCUCCAGCAAGCCUCCAUCACCAACACCAAGUUCGUCGGCUCCCGGUCUGGUCAACAGUGCGAUUUCGAAUAUGACGGGGCAAACGAAGGGCACGUUAUGAUACAGGCCACGGGAAUCGUCUCGGAAGGGAAACUUGUUCCGUGGCUGGAGAGUUCCAAGCCUGAUGUGGUGAUGAUGCACUUGGGAACUAACGACGUGUUGAACAACAAGCCGACGGCGGAGAUCUUGCAGUCGUUUGGGACGAUGGUCGAUUGGAUGAGGGAGAGUAAGAAGGUCAUGAGGAUUAUCGUUGCUCAGAUCAUUCCGUUGGACUCGGUGUUUUGUGAAGAGUGUGGGGAGAGAGUGGUCAGGUUGAAUGAAGCGAUUCCAGAGUGGGCUAAGGGGAUGAAUACAACGGAGAGUGUGAUCGAGGUGGUGGAUUGUUGGACGGGGUUCGACACGGAUAGUAUGACCAGCGAUGGGGUGCAUCCUAACAAUGCCGGGAAUGAGAAGGUGGCCGAGUGCUGGUUUAAGCCGCUGAGUAGGGCGAUCGAGUCGGUGGGUGGGGGAGAGGAGGUUUCAGCGGCAGCAUCACCUGGAAUGGGUGCAGGGAGCAAGCUGGGCAUCGCGGCGGUGGCAGUGACGGUUUUGUGCAGGUGGUGGUGGUAG